ACAGCUCUGGCAUUUGAAUCGGCAUUUGACGCGAAAGGGGAGUUCCUGCGGAUAUAACGAUGGAAAUCAGCAUUAAGUGGAGCAUGUGUCGCACUUGUCGCAAAAAAGGAUCGCAAUCCACGCUGCAGUCGCUCUUCGAGUCCAAUGCCCACAAACUGUUGAUCUCCUAUGCCGGCACAGCUGUGGAACCGGACGAUGGACUGCCGGAUCAGAUUUGCACAGUAUGCUUGAUGCAACUGGAGGAGGUGGACAGAUUCCUUAGGGCGUGCAAACAAUCCGAUCAGCACCUGAGAAGCCUAGUUCGGCAAACUCUGUCCUCCGCAUCGGCAUUUGAGACGCUGGAGGAUAAGAAAACGCUUGAACAGAAAAAACGCGCCAGGAAGCAGAGCAUUUCGGCGAGACUCAUCAACGAGAAUCCCAUUAACUUUAAGACUCAAGAGAAUGCAUUAGAGACCUCCAAAGAAGAUGAAAUCAUACCCACAAAUAAAUUUUCAAGCGAUUUCGUAUAUGAACUGAACGUUGAUGAGGAAAACGAGGAAAACAUACACCAGGAGGACUUUACCAUCGGUGAUAUGGAUUUGGAUAGGGAGAGCGCCGAUCAAAAUUACUCGGAAACUUAUUCGCAAGAAAGCAGCGCUGCUACGGGCAGUGGUCAAACUAGCGAGGAUUACCAGAAUCUAGAGCCAAGCGCCGACUACGAGAUAGAUCUGGGAGUGGCCUGCGUGCCGGACAAGUACAGAUGCAAGAUCUGCAGCAACACAUACCGCUCCGUAUCUCAGCUAAAUGCACACUCACAGAUGCACCGCAAGGAAAAGGACCACCAGUGCGAGGUUUGCCAAAAGACAUUCAGAGCCGCCUGCAACCUGAAAGCACACAUGCGGAUCCACACGGGCGAGAAACCUUACCAAUGUAGCUACUGUUCGCGUCGUUUUGCCGACAACAGCGCUCAUCGCAAGCACGAACGUUUGCACACGAAUGAAAGACCCUAUGCUUGCAACAUAUGCGGAAAAACAUUCUCUCUGUCCUCCUCUCGUAAAGUUCACUACUUCCUGCAUUCCUCUGAAAAGUCUCACAAGUGCCUCAUGUGUAAAAAGGAAUUUCGGCUUAAGCACCAACUUACCGCGCACGAGAAGUCUCUUGCGCACUGUAUGAUAGCUAAGAAGUACAGCGACGUGGUGGAAUAGCUAAUAAGAACAGCUGGUGUAUUAUGUAAAAAUUGACUUUAUACUACUUAUAAUAGAUAACCUAAGUUCCUCAA